AUGGCUUACGGGAGUCAAAACCUUGAAGAACAAAUUAUUGAGUCUCUAAAUUACAUACCUGAAGAUCCAUUAGACUACCAUGAAUUUGAUCAUAAUAAGAGUGAUUGGGACAAUGUCCCUCUAAUUGUGACUAAAUUUAUCAUCUUCCUUAGUAGAAAUUUCCAAGGGCUUUCAAAGAAAUGAAAGCAUAAAUUUAGUGAAGAGACUACAAAAUAAUGUCAGAGUUGACCUUCAACAACAAAUUAACAAGAUUACUGAAGACUUAACUGAAGAUAAUUAAAAAUUUAAUGCAAACUCAGCAAGAAUUCAAGAUCAAAAUCCAAGAUUUGAACCAAAAGUUUCACGAAUUAGAAGAAACCUUCAAAGAAUCUAAGAAGUUCAGCGAGACAAUGGCUACAGACAACAUGUAUGACUUAAUUUCAAUUCCCUCUCGCAAUGUGGAUCUUACUUCUCGGUUUCCUUCUUACAAUGAGCUUUCUAAAGAAGAAAAGCUAGAGAAAAAGCAGCUAUAUUGAGGUAAGAAGAUGAAACAAGGAAUAAAUAAUCCAAAUUUCGAAGCUUCUUGGAUGAAUGACGAUGAGUUCUCUAAUCCGAAAUACUCAAGAGCAAGAAUGUUCACACUUAAUCAAAUUAGGGAUUUGAUCUAUCUUCAUCUCUCAAGAUCUGAUCUGCGUAAGAAAGCUUGCCGGCAUGAAAAUUUGGUAGAUUAUCAUGACAACGCGAUAUUUGAUCAGAAUAGAGACAGUAGGAGAUUUCAAGUUGAGGUGGAUGAGAAAUUCACAAAUACCCGUGAGUUACAAGAAAAGACAAACACAGAAAUUCAGGAGUUAAUUCUUAGGUACAACAAACGAAUUACAGACAUUAACAGGACUCUCUCUACAAAUGAGAAGCAAUUGUUCAUGCUUAGAGAGGACUCAGAUUACCUUCAAAAGCACUUAGAUAUAACAAAGGCCAAAACGGAAAUACUGGAUGACAAAAUUGCUAAAGUACAUUCAUAUUUUGAGGGUAAAAUUGCUGAGCAAAAUCAACAAAUUCAGAAAGAAAUCAAGAAAGCAAAUCAAUAUAUCAAAUCAGAGUCUUCUAGAUUAAGUAAUAUUCAAAAGAAGAGUAAAGAACUGCUUCUAGAAGUCAUCGAGAUCAAUAAAGGCACUAUUAUUUCUGAUGUGAAAGAAGAAAUGGAAAAUGUCAAAAUGUGCUUGGAAACCACACAAGAAGCUAUAGAAAAGGCUCUGAAGGAUAAUUCAGAGGAGAAUCAGAUCAGAGUCUCCAAGAUCAAAGGAAUCUGCUCAAAAUAUUUUGAAAAAUAUGAUAAAGUAAACAUUGCUGUAGAGAAAUAAAUUCGAAAAGGUAAAUCUUACUUUCGAAGAAUGGAAAGAGAAGGUGCUUAAACCUCUUAAUAUGAGUGAAGCAAGAUUAUAUACUACAGAGGUCAGGAUAAAAGAGGUAGAAGGGAAAAUUUAUUCGAACUUUGCACAUUCUAAAGAGAUGUUUAAGAAGCUGAUCUUCGCAUUGGAGCAAGAGAAUUUAUCACAUAAACCAUCUUUAUCAGCAUCUAUCCAAAAUGCUAUAGCUCAUAAUACUCGAGGAUCUUCAGGAGAUGCGUCUCAUAGUCCAAGAAACAGUGAUAUGAACUUCAUAUUUUUAAAGAGAUUGCUAUUUUUAAAGAAUGAAAUUAAUGAACAAUCUGCAGAAGGAUUCGAGCCUGAAGAAAUUGAGAAGAACACACGGAUAAAGACUCCUAGCUUUCAUAUAAAGAAGAAAGUUUCUAAAAUUUCAACAGAUUUGUUCAUGCCAAAGCCAAGGAUGGGGACUGUGUCUGUAAAGCAUCGAAAGAAGAGCUUAAGAUCUACGAGCCCCAUUAAGAUGUUUAAGUCAAAAGAUUUCCAAUCAAAGAACAACUCCAAGAUAAAGUUAGAUAUUUUUAAAAAGUCCAUAUAUGGGGGUGCCCAGAUUUUAGGUAAAAGUUUCUUGGACAAAAACCCCAAGCACGCCCAGAGCUUGAGUAUGCAUAUUGACCAGAUCAGGAAGGAGGCUACCAAGAGUUAUGAUCUUAAGGAUAUCUCUUCACAAAUAUUAGGAUAA